UGCCCGGGCGCCUCUUGGCGCGCUCGGGAGGCGGGAGCGGGGAGCGGGGUCCGGGCGGCCCCGCAGGCGGCAGCCGAAGGGGGAGAGAAGAGCGGGACAGGGGCCGGCGCGGGGGGCAAGGCGGCAGCCGGCGAAGGAUGGCAGACAACGAGCCGCAGAGCGCGCCGGACCUCUCGCAGGCUGCAGAAAACCUACUACAGCAACUGCAGGAGAACUUUCAAGCUUUGACUGAAAAGUUAACUCUGAGAAUGGAAGAAAUGGGUGAACGUAUUGAUGACCUUGAAAAGCACGUCACUGACCUAAUGGCACAGGCCGGGAUAGAAAAUACCAAUGAGGAUCAGAUGCACUGAAAGUGAGAAUCUGCAUGACAUUCCAUAGAGAAUGAGGAAGAAUUCAUUUACAAACAGGAUGUGUAUUUCUACAAAAUUCAAGUGAAAAUACCACACAUUGUAAAGGACUGCAAAGGGUAAAAUUUUUAGUCUUGCACCAUGACUGAUAACUAGAACAUUAUUAAUAUUUUAGCAAUCACAAAGAAUAGCUCCAGUGAAAGAAAAGCAUAUAAGCAAAUUAUGUCAUGCAAGAUAUGAAGUCUCCAUUUUUUAUUAUUGAUCCAAUAAAGGGGGAAAGAUGAGUUAUGGCCAUCAGGCUAAUGACACAUUUUACUCAAGAUUGCCACAGAAGAAACACUAUCUUAUCAAGAGAUAAGACUAAAUUUGUGUACAAUAUUCAUUACAAAAAUCCAAAAAUAUAUUUUGUAAUGAAUCUGCCUAGCCAA